AUGCUUCACUAUGAAAAGACUGCAGCGGCGGAGAUUCUGAGAGGCGGUAACAGCCUGGCAGUGUUCAGUCGCGGCCUAGACUUAGGUUCUCUCGUUGCCAUCGUUGCAGCGGAAAAGCUUCUGCUAAGCGAAGGGAGACCUAUUUUGGCACUCAACUUCCCGAAAACUGUUUUUCAGCGACUUGGCCGUCUGCUAGCGACGCACCCUGCAAAAUUCCCGAUCCACCUGCUCCCAAGACAUGUGAGUUCCAGCGUUUCAGCGGUUGAACGCUUCGAAGUCUACGGAUGUGGAGGAAUCAUCGCUGCCACACCGCGAACUUUGGCUGUGGACCUUCUUACAGCAGUAUCUCAGCUGGGUGAUCACGGGGCAAAAAAAGUCCCCACGCUGAGUUUUCUGGGUAUUCUGAUUUAUAACGCACAUGAAAUCUCAGAACAUCGAAGCGAAACUUUUGUAACGCGUCUUUUUAGAGAAUACGUAGGAAGAUGUGAACUGGAGGAUACCUUCAUACACGCCUUUAGUGACGCGGCACCAGCAUUGUGCCGCGGAUUUCACUCAGCAGAAAAACUGAUGCGCCUUCUCGGACUCGAAAGGUUACUGCUUUAUCCUCGUUUUCACGUUGAUGUCGUUACCUCCCUUGAGCACAAGACAGAAAAUCCACAGAGCUACGUAGAUGGAGGUUAUGGGACUCAUUCCUCAUCGAGCGCGGGAAUAGAGUUGCUGGAAUUGCAUCAGCCUAUGACUGCACUGAUGAAAGCCAUUCAGGACGAGAUCCUUGUGCUCAUGCGAUCCUGCUUUUUCGAAUUAAGACGCAGUUCGCCGGCCGCGGAACUAGAUGAGAGUGAUUUGAGGGUAGCGGCUACCAGUAGGAGCAUCUUACAAGCCGCCCAGCGCAUCGGGCAAGAAUGGCGGCGAUUGAAUUCUCGUAGCAGGCAGCUGUUGCAGGAUAUCCAGAACCUGAAUAGCAUUCUUUCGAGUCUGCUGGACGAUGACUGUGUCACAUUUUUGGCAUAUUUAGAGUCAUUGAGGGAUACACAAGGAGCGACCAGUUUGUGGAUGGCGAUGGAAUCGGCGCAAAAUCUGUAUAGACUGGCCAGGGAGAGAGUCUUCCGAGGCACCGACACUGGGGGAGACUCCAAACUAAUGGGAAUGCAGGAUGCAGCGCUUGACCUACGAGCCAGCGAGACUGGUGAGUUACCGUUCGAAUUCAGCCAGAAGCUUGUCUGUCCGGAACCGAACAGCAAAUGGGAACUUUUGAAAGAGUUACUUGAUGAAGUUGUAAGUAUGCUCAUGGGUCAUCAGAGGCAUGGAAACGUAUCGGACGCAUCGACUCGUCGAGUUCUUGUUCUGGGGAGAGAGCCCUGCACUAUUCAGUUUCUCGCCGAGUAUCUCCACUAUCGUGAAGGCGCUUUCGACGCAUUGCAUCGACGACUGCUUUUGUAUCUUGGGACGAAAUCCGGUGGAAAAGCCCGUGAGUCUGUCAGACCGACGACGGCAACAAUGUCGAAAGCGGUGCCGUCACUUAGGGUCAAGUCAGAUGCCAUAGAUGCCUCGCAAUCCUCGUCGAACGCGGAAAGUGAGCACUCGAGCGCUUGUACUGAUAUGCGACAACACGCACCAAAUCAGAGGAUCACAGCAGAACACGAUUCCCCUGGGCAGAAAUUCGGUCACCUACAGGGCGAUGCCGCAGGGCAUGCAUCCCCCCGCGAAUCAGCGUCGGAUAACUACAAUUCAGCUCCCGCGCAUGCCAGUAGUGCCGUGUCGCAGUGUGCAGAUGCAGCGCGUGUAGAGAUUUUGCUCAAAUCCUAUGGCAGGAGACAGAGCAGCACGGGCGUUGAAAACCUCAUCGGACCCUCCACCAUACUGCCUUUCUUGCUGGAUUCGCAACCGUGUUCAAUUAUUAUGUUGGAUCCUACCCUGCAACACGUCCGAGAAAUCGAAGUAUACCAAGCCGCUUACUCGAGAUUUGCAAAGAUCCGGGUCUAUGCAGUAUUUUACGAAGAAUCCCCCGAAUAUGAGCUAUAUUGUAAUGCAAUAGCAGAUGAGAAGCACGCAUUUCAAACCUUGAUCCGCCAUAAGGCGUCGAUGGCCGUUCGACUCGAUCAGAGCUCUGCCGUGGCUGUACCGGAUACUGGGCCCGAACGCAUUUAUUGGCCACUUUGGGCGGGAUCCCUUGCGAAGGCGGAUAGACCUUCGCCCUCGUCUGGACGUCCCCAGAUUCUUGUGGAUGUACGAGAAUUUCGCUCGACGCUUCCUGGUUGUCUGUAUCAAGCGGGAUUCGAGCUGCUUCCUCGGACCCUGAAAGUAGGGGAUUAUGUACUCACACCGGAUAUUUGUGUCGAGCGCAAAAGUAUCCCGGAUCUGACGAGUUCUUUGGCGUCUGGGAGACUUUAUACGCAAUGCCAAGCAAUGUGUCGACUAUAUAGAUACCCGUUGCUGAUGAUCGAGCUCCAGGAAGAUGACAUCGGGAGCACGGGAGCGAAAGCACAUGUGACAAAUCUGUUCGCGCCUAGUCUCUCCUUUCAGGAGAAUUCCUCGCAUGGUCCUGCCACGGGAAUCGGGAAACUGUGCCUACUGACAAUUCAUUUUCCUCGUCUACGCCUACUGUGGUGUCGAGGUCCCCAAGCAGGUGCCGAAGUGUUUGGCACAUUAAAAAUUGGGGAAGCGGAACCGUCGGGUGAACCGACGGGCCAGAUUUCAGGCGAAUCCGAAGCGACCGAGGACUCAUCCGCAGAAGCUUCACUUUAUUCGGUGAUGAAUGCACGAGACGCUUUCGCUAUGCGUCCUUUUGACAUGCUUCGUUGUCUGCCUGGCGUCGAGAAUGCAACUGUGUUUGCGCUCAUGCGCCAGUUUCGAACGCUGACGGAUCUGGCGAACGCUGAAGCUGAUAAUAUGGCGAAGCAUUUCGGGCCGACUCUUGCAAAGCAGCUCAUCUCCUUCAUCAACACGGAGUUUCGUGAUCCGAAUGAGGUUUCUGCAUCGGCUGCCGGAGCUGAACCAGUUAGCAAAAAAAUUCGGUCUACGUCACCGGCCGACUUGUAG